AUGGAUCAGUUUCGACACAAAAUUAAAGAUUUAAAGGAGUCGAUAUAUCAAAAAGAGAAAUUUAUUGAAAAAUGCAAAUCAAAAGAAUUAAUAGGAAAAGACAGACAGGCACAGUGUUUCUUUGAAAUUACCAGUUUGAAUAAAAAAUGCAAUGACGUUCGUAAAAAGAUUAAAGACGCUACUGAGAGAGUAGCUGCUGCAGAGAAAUCGUUGCUCAAAACGCAAGCUCAGACAUGGAUAACACAUAAAAACAACACAAAACUGGAGAAAAUAUGCGAAAAAAAACAGAAUCAAAUCGAAAGUUUGAGCCAUCAGAUCGCAACAGCUAAAGCAGAACAUAUGGAGAAAGCAGCAUUGUAUGAAAACAAACGAUCUCGCAAACUCUUAUUGCAAGGUGAAUUAAACAAGAACAGGUUAUUAGCUGAAAACCGAGAAAAAGCGCAAAGACAGUUGGAAGAACGCCUCCACCAACAAAAGGUUUCCCUUGUAGCAAUCCGAAUGGAUGAUUUAGCUUCUUCAAGGGAUGAAGAGACGCGUUGUGAAUUAGAAACAAAGAUUGCGAACACACAGUCGAGAAUACAAUCGAGCAAAAGAAAAAUUGCAUCGCUUGAGAAAAAGGUCGUUUCGAAAAAAAACAGUAUAUGUUGUGUCAGGAAUAAAAGUAACGAGAUCGAGAAAGAAAUGUCCAAAGUGUUACAAGAAUUACACGACAUAUAA